AUGUCGGACCGCAUUGUUAUUCAUAAUUCGAUGGGAGCUGCCUUCAUUGGCUGUGUUCUCGCGUCAGCGCUGUAUGGCGUGUCGACCAUUCAAACGUUUUACUAUUACAACAACUACGGUCGCGAUCCUAUACAUAUCCGAGCCCUCGUUUUAGCCGUGUGGAUUUUCGACACGACCCAUCAAGUGCUAAUAUCACAUACAGUAUACCACUAUGUCAUAUCCAACUACUUUAACCCAUUGGCUCUCAUGGACAUGGUUUGGCGAGUAGCCUCGCUUUCACCAGCCCCGAUGUCGAGUAUCCUGGUUGAGGUGUUGUUCAACGGUUUCAUCGGUUUCAUCGUCCAAAGUUACCUGACGUAUCGAAUUUGGCGCCUGAGCAACAAGAAGAUUUGGGUACUUUGCCUCAUUGGCCCAUUCGUUCUGGCAGAAUUCAUUUGCUCAGUUGUCUUCACUGUCAUGGCCCUGCAAAUGAAGACUUUCGGAGAACUGACUGCGCUCAAGGGACUUUCAAUGACCGUCAACAUCCUCGCCGCAGUUGGCGAUCUCUUCAUCUCCAUUUGCUUGGUCUACAUGCUCUAUCGUCGCAGAACCGGUUACAAAAAGUCCAACACCAUUAUCAGUCGCUUGAUUAUCUUCACUAUCAAUACCGGCUCGCUCACCACGCUCUUCGCCAUCGGGUCUCUCAUUUCCAUCCUGGUGUGGGAUGAUACCCUCAUCUACGUCACAUUCUUCUUCUGUAUCGGUCGACUGUACGCGAACACCUUCCUGGCCACCCUCAAUGCGCGAAGUAUCCUUCGCAGCGUCGGUCAGGAUGACGACGCCAAUACCAUCCACCUCUCCGGCGCCAAUACAACUGAGGAGGCUAUCGGCAUGUCAAAGGGUACGAGGCCCAGGAACAUAUCUAUUCAAAUCGAUACAGCGCGGGACAUCCUACGUGAUGACGAUGAUAGCAAUACUAUGAAGGGCAAGAUAUCGUCGUCUUAA